AUGUGGGACCCUUUUCGUGAUAUUGACCGCAUAUUUAACCGCGUUCUGCCUCUCACAGGUGCUGGUUCAUUCAGCUCUUUUUCCCGUGGGUCAUGGUCGCCCGCUAUGGACCUUGUGGAGAAACCUGAAGGGUAUAAACUCCUGGUGGAUCUCCCCGGCAUGAAUCGCGAGGACAUUCAAGUGGGGAUUGAGGACAAUCGGUUAUGCAUCAGCGGCAAUCGCAAGUCAUUACUUAAAGAUGAUGAGCAACACCUUGCCGUGUUUCUGGAGCGUGGCUACGGUCGGUUUGAGCGUUGUAUGAAUUUGCCAUCGCCUAUUGUCGAGGAAAGCGUGAAGGCGAGGCUAAGGGAUUCUGUUCUUGUGGUGGAGUUGAAGAAAAAUAACUCCCCUGCGAGCAGCGCUGCAACAUCCGUAACGAUUCAGUAA